AUGGCUGAUAUGGAUCAGUGGAGAGCUGAUGAGGAGAAGAAUAGAGCUGAAUAUGACAAGAGUAAUGAGGAUCUCAUGGCCCAAAUACGGGCGAUCGUGGCUUCUUUCACCCAGGCAUCACAAGUUGACUACACUCAUCACAAGGUUUUUGAGGAUCUCAUGGCCCAAAUACGAGCUGAACGAGUCACGUUCAGUCCUAUUUACAUAUUGGCUCUUCACUACAUUAUUUGCUCAUUUUUGUUCAGAUGUGGCUUGUCACGGUGGAAGCUAACCAAAAACAAGGUUGAGAAGAAAGGUGUUCCUGCUAAGGUGGUUUGGUAUUUCCCUCCUAUUUCAAGAUUUAAGCGCAUGUUUAAAUCUUUAGAGACCUCGAGAAAUUUAACAUGGCAUGCAGAUUCUACAAGAGUUGUUGGUCAGUUACGUCAUCCAGUUGAUUCACCAUCAUGGAAGUUGGUGGAUCAUAUGUGGCCUGAAUUUGAAAGUGAGCCAAGAAAUCUUCGCCUAGCACUUGCAGCUGAUGGCAUUAAUCCUCAUAGCAACCUUAGCAGUCGGUACAGCUGUUGGCCAAUCAUGUUGGUCAACUAUAAUUUACCUCCAAAUAUGUGCAUGAAGAGGAAAUACAUCAUGCUAACUAUGCUCAUUUCAGGGCCUAAGCAGCCUGGAAAUGAUAUUGAUGUCUAUCUGGAGGUGCUAGUUGAAGAUUUGCAACGAUUGUGGGAAGGAGUUGAUGGAGUCUAUGAUGCUUAUCGAAGGCAGUUCUUCACUCUUAAAGCAGUCUUAUUAUGGACCAUCAAUGACUUUCCUGCCUAUGGUAACCUUAGUGGAUGUACUACACAUGGUUAUUAUGCAUGUCCAGUAUGCGGAGAAGAUACUUAUGCAAGACACUUGGAAAAUGGGAAGAAAAUGUCAUUUGCUGGCCAUAGAAGAUUCCUAUCACGGUUUCAUCCCUAUCGUAGGCAAAUGAAGGAGUUUAAUGGCAUAGAGGAACUUGAAGAAGCAGUUAGACCAUUAUCUGGGAUUAAGUUGUUUGACAAACUUUCUGACAUAAGGUGUGAGUUUGGAAAGAAGAUAAGUGUGAGAGGGAAAAUAAAGAAGGCAAAGGCUAAUAAGUUGGAAGCCAAUAUAGAAGAAAAAGAUUUAGGAGCAACAAAUUUCAGAAAAUGUUGGAAGAAGAAGUCAAUCUUUUUUAAUAUUCCUUACUGGAAACACCUGCAUGUAAGGCAUUGUCUUGAUGUUAUGCACAUUGAGAAAAAUGUCUUUGAAUCCCUCAUUAAUACUUUGAUGAAUGUUAAAGGAAAAACCAAGGAUAAUGUGGCAGCUAGAUUGGACAUGGUUGAGAUGGGAAUUAGGCCUGAAUUAACACCUAUAGUUGGGGAGAAGAGAACAUAUCUUCCUCUUGCUGCGUGCUCAUUCACAAAAAAAGAAAAGUUGCAAGUGUGCAAGUCAUUAAAGGAUAUAAAAGUUCCAGAAGGUUUCUCUUCGAACAUGAAUAAUAUUGUGUGCAUGGAUCAGUUGAAGUUGACUUGCUUGAAAUCCCAUGAUUGUCAUGUAUUAAUGCAGCAUUUCUUGCCAAUAGUCAUACGUGAUGCACUGCCAAAACAUGUUAGAUAUGCCAUCAUAAGAUUAUGCUUCUUCUUCAAAGAUAUUUGUUGCAAAGUUAUAGAUGUAGCCAAGUUAGAUAAGAUGCAAUCUGACUUGGUUGUUACACUCUGCUUAUUGGAGCAAUAUUUUCCCCCAUCUUUCUUCGAUAUCAUGCUUCACUUAACUGUCCAUCUUGUUCGAGAAGUCCGAUUAUGUGGACCAAUUUACUUCAGAUGGAUGUAUCCAUUUGAAAGAAGCAUGAAGGUGGCUGCUGAAAUUGACAGUUGCAAUGGUGGAACAACAUCGACAUUAACAUGGUUGGCCCAUGGACCGCGUGUGCAAAUCCUUAAGUAUAAUAGUUAUGUGAUAAAUGGUAAUUUAUACCAAACAAAGGCGCGGGAUGAUGACAGAGUUUGUCAAAACAGUGGGGUUUCUUUAGUUGCCAACACAAUGCUUGUGUGUAGUGCUAAAGAUAAGAAUCCCUUGCUAGCUGAUGUAUCUUACUAUGGAGUGAUUGAAGAAAUAUGGGAAUUAGACUAUCAUCAAUUUCACGUUCCUCUUUUCAAGUGCGCAUGGGUUGCAAAUGAUAAAGGAAUAAUCAACAACGAUGAAUGUGGUUUCACCUUAGUUAAUUUGAACAAACGAGGACACAAGAAUGACGAAUUUGUGCUUGCAAGUCAAGUCAACCAAGUCUUUUAUAUUGAUGAUCCAUUAAAAAAUGGGUGGUCAAUUGUGCUCCCAGUUCCAAAUAGAUGUUAUGAGGGAGAUGAUGAUGAUUGGAGCAGUAUUCCAGAUUCUCGACCAAUCGAUGAUGUUGAUACUCAUAGUAUUCCUGCACAUGAAAGAUAUUUUAGAUCAGAAAUUGAGGGUGUAUGGGUCACAAAAAAGAAAAAAUGA